UAUUUUUUAUUUUUAAAAUAGCAUCACCCUUUUCUUAAUCAAAAGGAAAACAAAGAGGACAAUAGCGUCACCGACCCAAGCUUCAACCAAAAGUAUAAAUUCCCAAAUUCCCAAAUCCAUUGUGAUCCUAUUUCCAAUUUCCGCAAUUUCCCUCCCAAGCUUCAACCUUGAAACCCUGAUUUCAUAGUCCGUAGAAAAACCAGAAACACGAUGCAUCCCAAACUUCACAAUUUCCAAAUCUUCCUCCAAUCUCCAGACCUCCAAAUUCCGACCCAAACCAUAACCCUAGCCCCAACUCAGACGCCAACUCUCCGUCACCUCAAGCUCUCUAUUUUCUCCCAUACCCUGCCAUCGCUUUACUUCACCCUCAAUGGUAAACCCCUAAACGACUCCACUCCACUUCUCGAUUCCCAAAUUACCCCUCUUUCUACCCUCUUUUUACGUAUUAGAGCUUGCGGAGGUGGCGGCGAUGGCGGGGCCACGGGGGCCGAGUCCCGCGACUGUUAUCUCAAGAUGUAUGCUGAGAAGAAGCCCGAUAAGGUUGACCCAAAUGAGCAGAGGCUGUCGAAGUGGCUCAAUUGCUCGCUCUCCAACGAGCCCUUGAAGGAACCGUGCGUGGUGGAUUUUCUUGGGAAUGUGUUUAACAAGGAGCCCCUUGUGGAGGCCUUGUUGGGCAAGAAGGUGCCCAAGGCCUUUGGGCACAUAAAGGGCUUGAAGGACAUGAUCACUGUUCAUUUUUCCCCAAUUCCUGGGACUGAAUCCAAUCACCGAUCGAGUGCCGCGGGGCCGCGGUUUCAAUGCCCUAUUUCUGGAGUGGAGUUUAACGGUAAGUGUAAGUUUUUGGCAUUGAAAACUUGUGGACAUGUACUCAGUGCAAAGGCUUUAAAGGAGGUAAAAUCCUCCACUUGCCUUGUUUGUCAUGUUGGAUUUUCUGAGGCGGAUAAGAUUGUGAUUAACGGAAACGAAGAGGAAGUUGCGGCGUUGAGAGAUAGAAUGGAGGCCGAGAAGGGGAAAGGGAGAGUGAAAAAGAUGAAGAAGACGAAAAAAGGGGAUGCUACUCUGAAUGGAGAGGAGGGUAUGGGUUUUGAGGCCUCGCGGUUGAGCGGUACCAAGCAUGGCAUUGAUGUUAAGGCUGUGGAGAAGGCAUCAGCAAAUGUAGAGGUACAUGGGAAGGUUGUGAAUGGUGGGGAUAAUGUGAAGGGUGUGAGUAAUGGUGCGGCAAAGAGGUUCAAGGCUGUGGAUAUAGCCCCGCCUAAUGCUACUAAGGAAGUGUAUGCGUCUAUCUUCACGUCGUCAAGGAAGUCGGAGUUCAAGGAAACAUAUUCUUGUAGAUCUCUCCCACUCGGUAGAAACUAAUUGAUGGUAAGGUCGAAGAGAAUGCAAUAUUGUCUCAUUUUUAAUGUGAAUUUUCAGUUUUUAUUGAUUCCUAUUUUGUUGUAAUUUGAAGUUGAUCUUUAAUAGGAAACUUUGGCUUGUUAUAUACUCUCAUUGGCUGUCUUGCUGCUUGGUAGCAAGCAUAAUCCCUUGAUCUACAAUAUCAGUUGU